AUGAAUUGGAAGAGGACGCCUGCCCCCCAGAUGAUGAUGAGGCCCUGUACCGCGACCGCAAUGAAGAAAUGUGUAAUUGCCUGUUCGUCUUUCGGUUCUCCAUCAAUGUCCUGCUGCUCUCCCUGGCCGCGAUUGUCCUCCUCCUUCGCAUACUGAGCUGAUCCGGGAUGGGGUCAGGAGACCCCUCCGAACCGAUAAAUUUCUGUUUCUUAUUAUCUUUUUUAAAAAAACCUUUACGAAACGCACUAAUAAAUGUUUGUU